AUGCCACCUGCCAGUGCCCAUCAGUGCCACCUAUCAGUGCCAGUCAGUGCCACCUAUCAAUGCCACCUAUCAGUGCUGCCAGUCAGUGCUGCCUAUCAGUGUGCAUCAGUGCCGCCUAUCAGUGCCCGUCAGUGCUGCCUAUCAGUGCCGCCUAACAGUGCCAGUCAGUGCCACCUAUCAGUGCCAUAUAUGAGUGCUGCCUUUCAGUGCCCAUCAAUGAUGCCUGUCAAUGCCCAUCAGUGUCACCUACAAGUGCCUCCUCAUCAGUGCCCAUCAGUGCCAUCUAUCAGUCUCCAUCAGUGCAGCCUAUCAGUGCCCAUCACUGCAGCCUCAUUA